GAUGCCAAACUGGGGAGGAGGAAAGAAGUGUGGGGUGUGCCAGAAGGCCGUGUACUUCGCUGAGGAGGUGCAGUGUGAAGGCAACAGCUUCCACAAGUCCUGCUUCUUGUGCAUGGUCUGUAAGAAGAAUUUGGACAGCACCACCGUGGCCGUGCAUGGUGAGGAGAUCUACUGCAAGUCCUGCUAUGGGAAGAAGUACGGCCCCAAGGGCUACGGCUACGGGCAAGGAGCAGGGACCCUGAGCACUGACAAGGGCGAGUCCCUGGGAAUCAAAUAUGAAGAGAGCCAUCCCCACCGACCCCCCAACCCCAAUGCAGCCAGGAUGGCCCAGAUGGUGGGAGGAGCUGACGGGUGUCCCCGCUGUGGCCAGGCCGUGUACGCGGCCGAGAAGGUCAUUGGAGCUGGCAAGUCCUGGCACAAGUCCUGCUUCCGCUGUGCCAAGUGUGGCAAAAGCCUGGAGUCCACCACGCUGGCAGACAAAGAUGGGGAGAUCUACUGCAAAGGUUGUUACGCCAAGAACUUCGGUCCCAAGGGCUUUGGCUUUGGGCAGGGCGCCGGGGCACUGAUCCACUCACAGUGAGCUCCAGGGCCGUGCCCUGCGCUCGCCCGGGGCUCAUCCCACGCCGCCCGCCCGCCCCACGCCGCAGUGAGUGCCCCAGUGUCACCCCUAGCCACCGCUGCUUCACAGCACCAGCCCCUCCUGCCCUGCCCCGGCGCUCCCCGGAGCCAGGGGGGUCCCAGCAUCGUCCCUGUGGGGUUCUGCUGGGGCAGGGGGCAAAGAGAGGCCGCUCCCUCCCACUGCAGCGAGGCCCCCGUGGCCAAGUCCUGCUCCGCGUUGCCUGUCCCGCCGGCCGUGAGCUCAGCCGUGACACCGAGCAAGCAAUAAAACAUCAGAGACAUCAAAGCUCAGCCAGGCCUGGCCCCAGCACUUACUCCUGUCUGGGGCUGAGGAUGGCACAGGUGCACAGAGCUGGGGAGGAGUUUGCAGUCCUGGCUUGUAAUUAAAGCCCAAUGGCAGGGAUGUGUUGGUGCGGUUUGACACGGCCCAGCUGUGGCCAGCUGAGUUCUGCAGCUCGGCUGGGAUGGGCUCCCCCUCUGCUCCCACCAAGAAUCAGCAUGGAAUAGUUUGGAUUGGAGGAGACCUUAAAGCUCAUCUUGUUCCACCUUCCACUAGCCCAGGUUGCUCCAAGCCCUGUCGUUGAACACUUCCGGGGAUGGGGAUAACUAUUCCAAGAGCAGAUGGUGCUGGGAGGCCAGGGACAGCCCUUCUGGGGUGUGUUGGUAACACCACAUGCGUGCUCACCCUCUCAAAACCCCUAUCAGUGCUUUUAGGUGGCACCUCUCCAAGCAGGCUGCCCAGCAGUGCCAAGUAAUUAACAGCUUUUCACCUACUCCCUGCUUUUUUAGCAGCUUGUGGAUCAUUAAACCUCCAGUUUGGCAGCUGCCCAGGUUUAAA